AUGUCGUUGUCGGCACCAUCUACCGGACUGCACCCACUUGUCGCGCCCGAGGCCCGACUAACGAUCAAGCUGCACGGUAAAUCGGAGGCCUCGAUGAUUUUAGCGAGAGGCAUGAACCAUAGAGAUUACUUUGGCCAAUUCAACCUCAUUGAUUCUGAGGCAACCACCCAGAUCUUACUGGCUAAUAAGCCCCUCCAUGUUGAGCCGGCCAGCAAAGGCACUUCAUGGCCCUUUGCUUUAACCAUUCCAGCGACAAUCAAUCACGAAAGUCUAAUCGGACCCCGCACUGCUCAACGAACUGCAUUUCUCCCUCUGAACCCCGAAGAAGUAGCCGUUCAAUUGCUGCCGUCAGCUUUUCGCUCCAAAGGGUUCCGAUCGGGGAUAGGAGCGUUUGUGGAAUACAUUCUGGAGGCAGAGCUUGAAUUGCAAGAGCGAGGAAAGACCAAAACCAGUCGAGCCGCGAUGCCGUUGCAAGUGCAGCAAUUCCUCACGGAGCCCCCGAUAACGGACUUUCAGCUCAAAAGACAUUCUGACUCUCGGAAAAUUACCUCGCAGCGACUUAUACCUGGCCUCAAAGACUCUGGACUUUCUUUUACACAGAUGGCCCAGCAGUUCAUUGGCUCUUCCAAGUUGCCCAACUUCUCUUUCAAAGUUCACGUCGAAAUGCCGACUCGCUUGCAGGUUGAAAAUACCAACUACAUGCCCCUUCGGAUUGGGAUUGAACCGAUCUGGAAUCACACCAGCGAAAUAAUUCAUGAUGUGCCGCAAAAGAUCAAGCUAGAAUCCCUAGUCAUGCGCUUGAAGCUAAGCAUGACGUUGGAAUCUGGUGAUCUGAAGGCCUGCGAUUCGCAAGAGAUAGAGUUGAUCUCAUCUGCGGCGGUCCGAGGCCUCAGCGAGGAGGUCUUCAUGUCGUGGGGUACUAUGGGGCGCCCUGACUCGAAGAGUCGACCGGAAAUUGAAUUCAUCGAUGUCGGUGGACUUCUAGAUUUUAGGCUGGGGAGAUACAACCUGGGGAAGGUAUACCCGAGUUUUACGACAUACAACAUUAAGCUUACACAUCAGCUCUCAUGGGAGAUCCGAGGCGUCUUUGAUGAUGAAAAGAUAAAGAUGACUGCUAGUCAUGAUGUUACGGUGCUGCCCCCUUCCUACCUAGAGGAAGAAAUGUUACUCACAGAGGACCCGCCGCCCUCUUUUGCGGAAAGCCAAAUGACAAGAGAGGUACGAGGGAAUUUAUAG